GUUUAGCAAAUUGAUAAUGGAAAAAAAGCACAGAAGGAAAAUUAGAGUAUUAAACAAAAAGAAAUCAAGUAACUCAGUUGCCACUCACUUGAAAAUUGCAUCAAGAAACUUGAAGAUGAUCAAAGCCCAGAAGGACAUAAAGAAGGGAAUGAAGUCGCUUCACCAACGCUCUGAGAUAAAUGGAAAUAAAUUUCUCAUAAUUAAAGGCAGCACAGCUGGCUCCUCUCUAAAAAUUAGAGAAGCUUCUGCUUCUCCAAUGGCGGAAAGAGACUCAUUUCGGACAUCAACUAUUGACACUAAUGAUACGAAGAGAAAGACAAUUUUAAAGAGUAAAACUACUACUAAGAAGACCCUUCAGAAAAUCAUUAAGGAUAAAUUACUUACCAGAGCUAGGAAAUCAAGACAAAGGAGAUCUGAUGAAGUAGUUUCUUUCAACAAGAAACUGAGCAAGUUCAAAUUGAAGCCUGAGCCAUUCGAUAGGUCCCACAAUUCAGAAACUAGUUGAAACCUUAAGCAGAGCACAGAUUCUGAGAAGAUUCAAAAUUUUUCCAAAAAUAUGGGAAAUAAGAAAAGGGUCAAUUUUAGGAAAUCAGAAAUUAUUCAGUUCAAACCAGGCUCAACUUUAUCAUUCGGGUUGAAGUCAAAUCCUAGCGAGAAGAUGAGAAAGCUAAUGACAUAUAACCUUAAAAGUGGAGAUAGCCGAUUUAGAAUUGUUUCAUCCAAGGAGCUAUCAAAAAAGAACCAAACGGAAAGUAAUCAAGCCUCCACAGCAACAGAACACAAGGCGAGAGAUCAGCAAGCGAAGAGGAACUCUGGGAUCAAAGGAACCAAACAGAUCAAGAAAUAUACUCAGUUCGGUGGCAAGUCUCUUCAGAAAUAAAGAGGUCUCUUGGGCCCAAAAUCUCCCUACAUCUUGUUCAUCGUCCCAGUCUCUAGAUAGGAGUCCUAAGAAGAGCAGUAGUGGCUUGUUAAAAGAUAUUUCCAAGGGAGUGAAAUUUUCAGGGAUUGAAACAAAAGAGACCUUCGGAAAUUAUAACAAGAAUGAAUUGAUCGAUAGCAUCACGCUUAUCAACCCAGAUCCUCAUUCAAUAUUUCAUGAGUGAUCUCCAUGAAAUUAUUCAAAUAGGAUGAAGGACUGUUUUAAGCCAUCUGCUUUAGAACGUCGAUUAAACUCUGUUGCAAAGCAGGACUGCUCUCCUUCUGCUUCUCAGUCAUACCAGAAGCCGAUAAUGAAGGUACCUCCGAAGACUCCAUUAAAGAAAAAGAGACUUCCACCAGUAUCGAAUAAACCACUUAUUCAGGGUGACCUUGAAGGCUACAACUUAAUCUCAGAGUAUAGUUUUAGUAAGGACAUCUCUGGAAUAAUCUUGCCACCAGCAAGCAAGAGGUAUUCUUUAGAGAACCCUCGUUGACUAGACCAGACCGAGACAGAUAUUUUUGAACUUUCAGAGGCCAACUCCAAGAUUUAAUAAUUUCUACUUAGUAAAUUAUCUAGUUUUUACACUUAAUGAGAAU